AUGCUGCAGGGCAGGGGUUUCCACCGAGUGCUCGAGACACGAGUCCAGCUGGAGGUCCUUCCAGACGCUGAAGCAGCAGCUGCUGCUGCGGCAGACAGCAAGGGAGAAGCGGAACAGUGCCUCCUCUGGCUUGAGUAUCGUCUUCCGCAGGAAGUGUUUGCCGACCCAGACCAAACCCACGAGCUGGGGGCCCCACAUAACUACAGAAGAGGCAGUCCACGAUCCCCCGGCAGCCCCAUCUUGCUGCGGCCCACCACCCUCUUCAAGCCCUCCUGCCCUGGCAAGCCCUCAUCCGAGGCCAUCUGCAACCACGGCCCCGUCCUUGUCAAUGUGGAGCUGCCAAGCUAUUCUCCCCUGCUUGGUGUGCCUCCAGUUGUGCGGCAGGAGGUGUACGUACACUCCAAGAUGCUGAAGGCCUCCCCGGAUACACGCGAGGUGUCCGUGCAGCUGCCAGUACACCUCAGAUACGGUCCGCCUUGCAGCAGCAGCUGCAGCGGACUCCUGAAAUUUUCUCUGGCUGCUCCCGUUGUCGGGCUGGAGUGCUCAGGGCGCCCGCAGCAGCAGUUAACUGCAGCAGCAACAACAGGAGCAGCAGAGGAGGAGGGCCCCCUGGAAUUUGCCGUGCCUGUCGGCCAAAGAGCCGACUGGGCCCUCACGGUCGCGAGUAGUGGGGCCACGCUAGGGCUUGGGGUGUAUGCUGUUGUGUUCUCUUUGGCUAGCUAG